AUGCCAGAGAGCGAAAAAUCAUAUACAGUGUCUGUAGAAUCCACGCGACCUCAAAACAAGCCCGAAACAGAAAUCGAGUCAUUGGUCCCUCCUGAUGGUGGCAGGGGGUGGUUCCCUGUCCUUGGUUCAUUUUUGGGCUUAUUCUCCAUCUUUGGUUAUAAUUACAGCUGGGGCGUCUUUUUAAAUUACUACAAGGAAAACGUAUACCUAAAUCAAAUGGACAAGCUAUCAUGGGUCGGAUCAUUGUGCGUUGCGUUAUUCUUCAUUCUCGGUCCGAUCAAUCAAACUGUGAUCCGAUUGAUGGGAUACCGCUAUAUGCUUUGGACAGGCAUGGUGUUAUGUACAGCUGCACUCAUUUUAGCCAGCUUUGCAAAAGAGGUAUGGCACGUGUUCUUAACGCAGGGCCUGCUAUACGGCUUGGGUGCCUCUUUUGUUUGGUUCCCCUGUAUCGGUGCCCCUCAACAAUGGUUUUCAAAACGAAGAGGAUUGGCUGUCGGCUUAGCCAUGUCAGGAUCAGGUAUUGGUGGUUUGGUGAUUUCUAAUAUCUGCCAAGCCAUCAUUGCCAAUAUUGAUUAUCGAUGGGCAUUACGCGUUGUCGGUAUCAUCAAUUUCGUGCUAAUUGGUGUUGCAUCCAUCUUGGUGAGACCUUUGGGCACAGCACAGCAAACCGGGGGCAAAGCGGGUAUUGUCAGCUGGUACCUUUUCAAGAACCCACGCUUUGUCAUUUUGUUCGUGUUUGGAUUGGUUACUACCUUUGGCUACAUGACACCUUUCUUUUUACUACCAUCACAUGCGAAAGCGUUACAUUUGGAUCCAUGGGUAGGCACCAACCUAUCAGCUAUCAUGUCAGCCGUCAAUGCAGCAGCUCGUAUCUUUACCGGUUUCAUGGGUGACAAGCUUGGACGAUUCAAUAGUCUUUUCAUCUGCACGUUUUUAGCAGGCUUAUUCUGUUUGGCUAUUUGGACCAAUGCUACCAAUGAAGCUACCAUUUGGGUGUUUGCGGUACUCUAUGGCUUUGCAGGUGGUGGAUACAUUGCUUUAUUCCCUGCUGUGCAACCUCAAGUGGUUGGCAUGGAGAACAUUUCACCGGCAGUGGGUCUUUUAUACGCAACCAAUCUCGUUGGCUACUUGUUUGGCACUCCCAUUGCAUCAGCGUUGAUCAACAAGAGCACACCUCCCAAUUAUAUGAAUGGAGCCAUUUGGGCUGGUGUUACUGUCAUUGUGGGUUCUUUAUUUGCAGGAUGGCUACGCGUAGCUCAAGGUGGUUGGAAAUGGGCCCGUAUUUAA